UUGUAGCUGCACUACUGAACUAGUGCAAUAAGUUAGAAUGAGAAAACGUAUAUUUGUUUCACUUCAAUAUAUUGUACCAGUUCAGCAAUGCAGCUACAAAGAACAGAUCCAAUAAAUCGAGGAUGAAUUACAGAUCGUUGGCUGCGCAUAAUUCCGCAUGUAAUUGGGUAUUUCGUAAAUUUCAGGAUUGCGAAAACGAGGUAUAAGGACUCGUAUAUUUUGUCGCACGUCCAACAUAAUUUGCACAAGUCUCAACAAUUUUAUGAUUGUAGCAUCCGUAUAGAAAGUUUUUCGGGUACUGCGAACAAAUCCAAAAGGAGAUGAACGAAUGUAUAAGAGAACAAAGACAAAUUCGUAGGAAAGAAAACGCACAACACGGACGCAGAAUAUUACAAAGACACGAAACGUUACAGAAAACAAACAGUGAUUAAUUGUGUGAUUUAUAUACAGAGAUAGUACGAAUGUUGUAUUGUUAAUAACGUGAGGUUAGAAAUUUAAUAUGAAUUUGAAAGCAAAGGAUGAUAAACCAUUGAGCAAACGCUUCAAGCGUGAGAACAAUUGCAAAAACGAAUAUGGAAAAGAGGAAAGUGGAGAUAUACAAGAAAAUAUAAAAGAAGAUUUCCUUGAACAAGAAGGCAAUGAAGAAUUAGUGAAUAGUUACAAUGAGGCAGCCACUGAUGCAAACGACGAUGAGACGUUUGUGUUUCCUCCUGAUGAGGAUAUUUCUGACAUGUUAGAUGAAGUGCAGUACAAUGGUAACUUUCCUACUAUAACUGAACGUUAUUUUGCCGCGUACUAUAAAAUAAACGUACAAUCACCAGGAGAUGAUAUAUGCAUACACAUACAUAGUAAUCGUAUCUGUAUGUUCUCCCUAGCACCUAGUCAUGUCAUCUUACAAGACGGUAAAGAUAUAAUGAAAGUUGAUUUUAAGAUAAGUGAUAAAUUAGAUAGAACUCUGAAUAAAGUCUCUGGAAAGAGUAAGCAUGGUGCGCAACCAUUACAAAUAAACUCAAAUAUUUGUACUGUACUUUGUUCAGAUGGGCAAAGAUAUCUGAUUAAAUGUUGUAUGAUAGGAAAGUUGGUGGAAGUUAAUGAAAUGUUGUCAGAAAAGCCACAACUUCUGAGGGAACUGCCACAUAAAGGUGGAUACUUGGCUAUAAUUUUGCCGAAUAUAAAACAUUUAGAAAAUCUGAAAAAAUCUCUACUGACUCAUGAACAAUACAUUAGACUUAUUGAAGAAAGAGAAAAAAGAGAAGUUAAUAGCAACAUUAAAACAUAAUGUAUAAAAAUCUGAACUACAAAUCUGAAACACAAAUUAGAAUGACCAGUAUAUAUUAGAUGUAAGAAAUUUGUAAAUGAAAAUUUAAUGAUGAAAAUAAGUGACUCUUGGAAAAAUGUGUAAUUUGUCAUCAGAAUAAAGAGUAAUUAAUACUUUAGAUUGAAGUAUAAA